UAAAGCAAAGAAAAAAAAAAAAAAAAACAAAUACAAAUAGAAGGCCUUUCUUCUUCUUCUUCAAUCAUCACAUUGAAUCAUGUCGUAGUUGAGGUGCCCACAAUAACAAAGCACCUAAAACACAAAACCAAACCCACCAAACAAUGUCUUGGCUCUUCACCUCUCUCCAACCCGACGCGGAAAACGACGCGUCGUUUCUCGGCCAAACCCUCACCCGCCAACUCCGCGGCGUCGCCACCUUCCUCGCUCCGCCGCCCUCCUCCUCCUCCUAUUCCAAGUCCCUUCCCUCGUCCGAUUCUCCACCGCCGUCGCCGGCGCUCUUGGGAGUCCGAAACGAUCUCGCGGAAUUGGGCGGGAGCUUCAAGACCGGCCUCUCGCUUCUCUCCGUCGCCGGAAUCUCCAAAUUGGCUUCGAACUUGCUCCCGGUUCGGAACGGAGCUCCGGAAGACGACGGCGGCGGUCCCGUGCCGGGGAUUACCGAUGAGAUUCUCGGCUUCGUCACUCAGAUUUCGAAGCUUCCGGACUGUUGGACCGGCUUUCCUAUACCACUGGACCACCAUGAUUUUAGCAUGUCCAAUGCUCAGAGAGAACAUGCCUCCGCUGUCGAACAAUUGGUUCCGGGGUUUGCUGAUCUAAGAGUCAGAGUUUGCAGUUCGAUGAGUGAGGAGCAAUUUUGGAUGAUCUAUUUCUUGUUGCUGCUUCCAAGACUAAAUGCAGAUGAUUUUGAGCUUCUGUCAACCCCCAAGAUUGUUGAAGCAAGAGAUGUACUUCUGCACAAGCUUCAAAAGAACACGCAGGUAUCCACCUCUGAGGAGUCAACUCUUCAUUCAACUGUAAAGGACACCCAGGUUGAGAAGACACAAGGGGGGGAAAUCUCAUAUGCAGAAAAGAAAGAUCUGACAGAGAUUGUAAAUACAGCUGAAAGGUUAAGAAUCGAUGAUGAAGAGAGCACUGAGCAAUGGUCCGAAGCAGCGAGUAUUAGUUCUGGUACUUUUGUGGAUGACCCAAAAAAACUUGAACAUGAAGACGAUAUCUCAUUCAGCGAUUCAGAGGAUAACGAGAAUGACAUUUCUAGUAGAUUGUCAGGCCUAAGGCCAGCAAAGGACGUUAGGGAAUGUUCACCCAGUGGAUCAAAUCAUUCAAAUGACUGGGUUCGGCUGAAUAGAAGUUCUGCGAUUGAUGGUGGCCAUCAAAGGACUGGUACAUCGAAAGAGAAAGAUUCAGAAGGUGAGGAGUCGAAUGACUGGCUCACUGUAGAUAAGUUUGAUUAGAAAAAACUUGGCAGCUGCUUUGCCAACUAAUUGUAAAGUUUCUAUUUCUUCAUUUUCAAUUUUCUUUCGGUGUUGAGUGCCA